AUGUUCGUUUGCUCGGAUGGCUCGUACUCCUCGUCUCAGCAUCGGCAGUGCAGGGGCGUUCCGCAGGGAUGUAUCCUCUCACCUCUCUUGUUUAAUCUCUUCCUACGCUCCGUGCCGCUUCACCCUGACAUUGUGACUCUCGUGUACGCAGAUGAUAUUGCCUUUCUGGCGUCGGCGUCGUCUCCGCGCGCGCUGCAAGCCUUGCUCCAGCACUACCUUGAUACGCUAAAUUCUUGGCUUCUAUCCCUCGGCCUCUCGAUAAACGCUGGAAAGUCGGCAAUCCUUUCUUUCCUUUGGCGAACUCCGGCUUCCGUCUCGUACGAAUUGCUGCUCGGCAACUCUGCUCUUCCCCAGGUUCCCAAACUAAAGUAUUUAGGGAUCUGGUAUGAUGCGUCUUACAGCCUUUCGGCUCAUGUUACCUACAUCGCGAGCCGGGCUACCCGGGCCCUAAACUUCUUGGCCUCUUUCAGCAACACGCGAUCAGGCCUCCGCCGUCCGGUGCUCCUGCAUAUUUACAAGAUGUACGUUCGCCCUAUCCUGGAGUUUGGCUGUCCCAUUUUUUCCAGUCGUCCGCAAACGCAGCUUCGACCUCUUCUGCUGCUCGAACGCAGGGCGCUGCGCUUCUGUCUGGGCGUACCAAUCACUACACCCAUAUCGCACCUUUAUGCUGUGAGUGGCUUUAUUCCUUUGUCCUCCCGAUUCAACACCCUAACCCUCCGCUGUAUUUUACUUCUUUUCUCUAGUCAGCACUUCCUUCGCGUUGCCUUCCGAGUCACCAGUAUCGCGUCCUUCCGCGCCCUCCGGUGGACCCCCAGGAUCUACCCGCAGCUGGCGUUCGCCGAACGCUUGUUCCUCCAGCUCUAUGCGAUGCCGGUCAGCUUAUCCAGGUUGAUUCCAUCGCCCGCUGCUCCCGCUCCGGAUAUCAGUAUCCGCGUCGUGCCCCUAUCCAACCCUGGUCGCGCCAACCUUCCUCCCCCUGCAGUCCUCUCCGCGCUCCUCGACAGUCACGUUAGUUCACUCUCCUCUCACCUUGCGAUCUUCACUGAUGGCUCUGUCGUAAACGAGAAAGCGGGCAUUGGCUUCUUCAUACCAUCCAUGGGCGUGCGCAGGAGCAUCCGCCUCCCUGACUACAUCCCGAUCUACUUUGCAGAGCUAGUGGCUGUUCUGAUGGCGCUCCAAGCCGUGCCGUCCUCGCACAGUCUAGUCUGCUUCUUCACCGACUCCUUGUCCCUAGUCUCCAAAUUGGACAGUGGCAUAAGCUCGCAUGAACGUGACCUGCUUCUCGCAUUCUCUCCCUCCUUCAUCCAUGAAAUUGUUCUGACAUGGGUUCCCGGCCACUGUGGGCUUCCCGCUAACGAAGUCGCGGAUUCUCUUGCGCGUGCCGCCGUCGCAUCUACUCACCUCGCUGUUCUACCCCUCAUUCCUACGGUUCUAUACGCAAUGUACAAAAGGUUCGACAGCCUCCACAGAGCUGCUGCCCUCCAACAGCAGCUCCGCGCGCGGCCUGAACUAGCGCACCUGGAAUUUGGCUGGAACCCUCUCCUUUGUGGUUCGCGGCGAAUGGAGGUUCUGCUCACGCGUUUUCGCUGUCGCGUCAUCCAGCUAAACUACUACCUCCAUAGAAUUCGCCGCUCUGUCUCUCCUCUUUGCCCCUACUGCCAGCAAGACGAAACUAUUGAACACUUUUUUCUCCAUUGUUCGCGCUACUCAUCCCAACGCGCCAUGUUCCUAGCCGUCCCGCUCCGUGCCCACGAUGUUCCACUGUCGGCAUCUUCCAUUCUGUCUUUUGGUAGAUUUCAUUUCAUUCAUCUCAUCCUCUCAUCGCUUCACGUAACCGUCAUUAACUGGGCCCUCAUGUCACGAUCCGUGGCCAAUUGCCCCGUGCUAUGCGCCACUGCGGAGAAAGACGAAGAAGAAGAAGAAGAAGAAGUCUCGCGCUUCUCGCUCAACGCACGAAUAAUAUGA